GAGACAAAGAAAGUGCCAAACAAUGAAAACAGACUGAAACAGCAAAGUCAACAGGGCAGAAGUCUGCUUUGUGGCAGCCUUUUCUUUUUUGUUUUCUUUUUAGUGCUGCAACUCCUUCCUUCACAAUAUUUCCUAUCACAGAGGAAGGAGACUCUUCCUAAAAACGGUUACAAAUCAUCAUAAUAGGCAAAAGGAAGGAGAAUAAGAGCCACAACUGCAAGAAGAAGGAAAACAGAGAAGAAGAAUAAAAAAGAGCUGUUUUAUCAGGUACCAGCUUCACCAAGCGGCAGCAGCAAAAGCAAGACCAUAUUUUGGCCUUUGAAUUAUCUUUUUCCUGACUUUGACUUUGGUGAAAACGUGAUCAAGAGCUUGAUGCUGAAGAGAAAUUAGUCAGGCAAAUUAGAGGUUUUGCAGAAAUUUUAUUUACUAUGGAUUGGUUGUGCUGCUUUAGUUCAUCUCAGCUUGGAGGAGCACAUUCAUCGUCUAGUUCUGGUAAAGGGAAAAACCAUGAGGGUAUGAUGAGGUUUGGUUACAGCCUAGUAAAAGGGAAAGCUAAUCAUCCUAUGGAGGAUUAUCAUGUCGCUAAGUUCAUGCAGAUUCAGGGACACGAGUUAGGGCUUUUCGCUAUCUAUGAUGGUCAUCUGGGAGAUAGCGUACCUGCCUACCUACAGAAGCAUUUGUUUGCCAAUAUCCUAAAGGAGGAAGAGUUUUGGGUUGACCCCUUCAGAGCCAUCUUGAAAGCUUAUGAGAAAACAGACCAGGCAAUUCUUUCACAUAGCUCGGACUUGGGUCGUGGUGGAUCCACUGCUGUAACUGCAAUAUUGAUAAAUGGAAUAAGGCUAUGGGUGGCAAAUGUUGGAGAUUCACGAGCAGUUCUUUCAAGAGGGGGUCAGGCAAUACAGAUGACUACAGAUCAUGAACCCAACACAGAACGAGGCAGCAUUGAGAACAAAGGCGGAUUUGUCUCAAAUAUGCCAGGAGAUGUUCCCAGAGUUAAUGGACAACUGGCAGUUUCACGCGCUUUUGGAGACAAGAGUCUUAAAUCACAUCUGCGAUCAGAUCCAGACAUUCAAGACACCAACGUAGAUAAUAGUAUGGAUAUUUUAGUCCUUGCAAGUGAUGGUCUUUGGAAGGUGAUGACUAAUCAAGAGGCUGUUGAUAUUGCAAGAAGGUUCAAAGACCCACAGAAGGCAGCAAAGCAACUAACUGCUGAAGCAGUAAAAAGAGACAGUAAAGAUGACAUAUCGUGCGUCGUAGUUAGAUUUAGGGGAUAGAACUUUUUAAAUCAUAUUGCUCUUCCGGUGCAAUAUAUACCUGAAAUAAGAGUUUAUUUACACAGGAUGCCACUUUGUGGAUUAGACCAACAUGAAAAUAUAUACCUGGUUGGGUUAAUUCUUGAAGGUCUGCAGAAGUCGAGGUUUGCAAUUUAUGCAGGAUUCACCCCAUGUAUAUUUGUUUUAUCAAUUAGGUUCUGAUGUUUGAUAUUGUUUGAUUUCUUUAUGAAGGUGAUUAGGAAUUCAAUGUAUAUUGUUAUGGCAUGAAAAUGUCUCACUCACGUCUGGUGUGUAGAUGAAAUUGGCUUUGAUUGUCACUGGAGGAAUUUUCAUGGUGUGGUUCAAUAUAGUUACCAUGAAGGCCUUAUAUGUCCGCCUUUCUGGUUUUUUA